GCCUGCGCUGCGCUGCGCUGCGCUCGGCUCGGCUCGGCUGCGCGCAGCCCGCCUCGUGCCGGGAGCCGGCCCGCGAGGUCCUGGAGCCGCAGACGUUGAGUAUCCUCUCUGGUUGCAGUCGAAAGGCACCCCUGCGCCUCGGGAAACCAAGGGAUUCACCUGCCGAGGAGGGCAACGCGGAUGAGUAUACGCUGCUGAAGGCAAGACGAGGCAGAUGUGAGGAACCCAGAAGCAGUUAGCUGAUCUCCCCUCCGGCUCCUGCAUAAUCAAUUUGAUGCAGCAAACACUUGAUAGCCAUGGAAGAGUUAAUAGUUGAGCUGCGUCUGUUUCUUGAACUUCUGGACCAUGAAUAUCUAACUUCUACUGUCAGGGAGAAGAAGGCGGUAAUAACUAACAUCCUCCUGAGGAUACAGGCCUCAAAAGGUUUUGAAAUGAAAGAACAUGCCCAGAAACAGGAAGUUGCCAACAGUUUGCCUGCGCCGCCUCAAAUGCCUCUACCAGAAAUACCUCAGCAGUGGCUGCCACCAGAUAAUGGGCCUCCACCAUUACCAACAUCAUCCCUUCCAGAAGGCUACUAUGAAGAGGCAGUGCCACUUAGUCCUGGAAAGGCUCCUGAGUAUAUCACUUCCAAUUAUGAUUCAGAUGCUAUGAGCAGCUCUUAUGAAUCCUAUGAUGAAGAGGAGGAGGAUGGAAAAGGGAAAAAAAUGAGACAUCAGUGGCCAUCUGAGGAGGCCUCUAUGGAUCUAGUGAAGGAUGCCAAAAUCUGUGCCUUCCUCCUUAGAAAGAAACGAUUUGGGCAAUGGACAAAACUACUGUGUGUUAUCAAAGAAAACAAACUACUGUGUUACAAAAGUUCCAAGGACCAGCAACCUCAGAUGGAGCUACUGUUGAAUGAUUGCAGUAUCACAUACAUUCCCAAAGACAGCAAAAAGAAGAAGCAUGAGUUGAAAAUCACUCACCAAGGAGCAGAUGCACUGGUUCUAGCAGUACAGAGCAAAGAGCAGGCGGAACAGUGGCUAAAGGUUAUAAAAGAUGUGUGCAGCAACUGCACUGGAGCUGUGGACUCUGAUGGGCCGUUGUCUAGUUCUCCGGUGCACAAGACAGAACUGGAAAAGAAGCUGUCUUCUGAGAGGCCAAGUUCAGAUGGGGAAGGUGCUGUAGAAAAUGGCAUCACUACAGUGUGCAAUGGCAAAGAACAAGUGAAAAGGAAAAAAAGUUCAAAGUCAGAGGCCAAGGGCACAGUGACCAAAGUAACAGGGAAAAAAAUAACGAAGAUCAUCGGUUUAGGAAAGAAAAAGCCAUCAACAGAUGAACAGACCUCUUCAGCUGAAGAAGAUGUUCCUACUUGUGGAUAUCUCAACGUGCUCUCAAAUAACCGCUGGCGUGAGCGCUGGUGCAGAGUGAAAGACAAUAAGCUCAUUUUCCACAAGGACAGGACAGAUCUGAAGACCCACAUAGUUUCCAUCCCUCUCCGUGGCUGUGAGGUGAUUCCAGGGCUGGACUCCAAACAUCCCUUGACCUUCCGGCUGCUUCGAAACGGGCAGGAGGUCGCCGUGCUCGAGGCAUCAUCGUCUGAAGACAUGGGUAGAUGGAUUGGGAUUUUGCUGGCUGAAACUGGGUCUUCCACAGACCCCGGAGCCCUGCACUACGACUACAUCGACGUGGAAAUGACUGCAAGUGUCAUCCAGGCUGCAAAACAGACCUUCUGUUUUAUGAACAGGCGAGUUAUAUCUACAAAUCCGUAUCGGGGAAGCACUGCCAAUGGCUACGCAUGUCCUAGUGGAAUGGCACUUCAUUAUGAUGAUGUUCCCUGCAUAAAUGGAUCGUUUAAAGGCAAGAAACCUCCUGCAACUGCUAAUGGCAUCACAGGAAAAGGGAGAACUUUAAAUAACCAACCAAAGAAAUCUGAAUCAGUGUCAUGCGUAAAGCGCACAGCAUCCAAUGCCGAGCAGUACAAGUACGGCAAGAACCGCGUGGAGGCAGAUGCGAAGCGGUUACAAAGCAAAGAGGAGGAAUUGCUAAAGAGGAAGGAAGCGCUCCGGAACCGGUUGGCCCAGCUCCGAAAGGAAAGAAAGGAUCUCCGAGCUGCCAUUGAAGUCAACGCUGGCAGGAAGACUCAAGUGAUUCUUGAAGAUAAGUUGAAGAAGCUGGAGGAGGAAUGUAAGCAGAAGGAAGCUGAGCGCGUAAACCUGGAGCUGGAGCUGACGGAGGUGAAGGAGAGCCUGAAGAAAGCCUUGGCGGGCGGCAUCACUCUGGGCUUGGCUAUUGAGCCCAAAUCAGGAACAUCAAGCCCGCAGUCCCCAAUUUUCAAGCACCGAACUUUGGAAAACUCGCCCAUCUCCAGCUGUGACACUAGUGAUACUGAAUGCUCCAUACCUGUGAACAGCGCGGCAGCUCUGAAGCGACCUCCCUCGUCAAAUAAUUCUCCAUGUCGAGGCCAUGUACUCCGAAAAGCAAAGGAAUGGGAGAUGAAAAAUGGAACAUAAGUAUAGCAAAACCACUCACUUUCCGUGAAGGCCUUACUUAUUAUGGACCAAGACACAGGCUGCAAAAGACUCAUCUGUAAAGUGGUAUCGAGUGACACAACAUAGGAGGUUUUAUAAUUCUGUUAAGUUAAUGGCUGCUUGGCCCUCAUUUGUCUGUAUUCUCUCUACUGUAUUGCUGUGUAACUACGUGUGCCCCUUUUUGUUACCUGUAACUCCUUAUUUCCAACUUCAUUUGUACAGAAAAUGAAAAUCAAAAGCCAAAACAAUGAGAGUAAGUAGAAAGGAACAUAUAGUUGCCAUCGAACGUUUACUUUGCGGGAACGGUUUAGACCAGCAAUGUUAAUGAUGCUGCAUCAGAUGGCCUGAGCAGCACUGAAGACUGGUGCAUUAUUUAAGACCAAUCUGAAAUAAUUUCAGAUCGGAUGCACUCUUACAGGUAAUACCGACUUUCAGGAUUCUGCUAGAGCAGUCGCUCACAGAAGACUUGCUCAUUUGCAGUUAGCUGUUCACAGGGUAAAAGGAAAACGAAGAAAUGUAUUCACAGAAAUGGCGUGACUGGGAAGUCAGGACUCUUGAGUGCCACUGUCCUCUGUGGCGAUUAGAGACCAUGGAGUGACACAACUCAGCUGUGAAGCAUUUUUUGAUACUACUUAGACAGAUGCUUUUGUCAUUUUGACACAAAAAGCUGCCAUACUUUUAAAAAUGCAUUUUAAUACAUUCUUUUUUAUUACUAUUUUGAAGCACCAGUAAUUUUCAAAGGUCACGUUGUCUAAGAAUGAUUUGUUCCUGAUUUUUUUAAAAGCCAGAUAUUACAUCAUUUCUGUACUUAAAAAAAAAAAAAAAAAGAAAGAAAGAAAAAAGAAAAGAAAGAAAAAGAAUUAAUCCUGAACAGCUAAUGGCAACUCAGAAUAGCUUAUGCAGUCUUGGUUCGUUUUUUAUAAAGCAGUAUUGUUAAACUUGAGUUAUAGACCACUGCUGUACUUGGUUUCCUUAGCCUUUCCUGACCUCAGCUAUUAUUUUGUGAGGAAGACAGACUGAAAGGAUGAUAAUUUCCAGCCUCUUUUUAUAAAUGAUUUUAGAAACAAUUCGGGAACUUUUCAGACAAGACUCUAUUUCUGUUUACUAGGAAACUGUGCCUUGCAUUUUAGCCUGUAAAAUUACAGAAAUCUGUUCAUCUUUGGCAAUUUACUGCAUGUAGCCUCAGGAGUGACAUGGAUAGAGACAGGAAGUCCUUCAAAAUCUCAAGAUUAACUUAAAAAAAAUCAGGAGAGAGACCAAAUAAUGAGUUGGGAUUCUUUUAGUCUAUCCUCUGUGGGGGGUUUUAAGCCUUCAGAGAGCCUUCAAUCACAUUCUUAAGAUUUUUCUCCUCAACUGUAAGGACUAGAAAAUUACUUUAAUUAAAAAAAUGUUAAAAACUACUCAUAGUUUGAGAUAAUCACAAGACAUUAGGGCCAGAAUCUUGAUAACUAGUCAAGACUCACACUUAAAAAUCACAGAGGUUGGCUACACAGUAGUUACCAAGGAUCAAAUGCUAUUGUGCAGGCCUAGGUUGCCUGUUACCUCUAAGAAGAAACAAAUCUAACUGAGUGCUCGCCGCUAUUCCAAAGUUGCACGGAUGCUGGAGGACAUCCUACAGGAGCUGGUGGUAUGAGCAGGCCUGGGACCGUGGUGCAGAGUUAUCAGAAAGACGCAGCUCUCAGCAGCUCCCCAGAAUCAGGCCACAGUGAAUGCUGAGGGCUUUUGAAAAGCAGGUCCAUAAUGGUCCGCCCGCAAGGGCUUUGCCCUAUUUCCAGGUGAAAUUAGUGCCAGGGAUCCCACGGACCUGAACAGAGCAGAAAUGAGGUGCAAAAUUAGGAUAGGCUCUUUGCUUCCUGGGUGUCUGCUUUGUGCAGCGCACCUCAGGAACGCCAGUGCAGUAAGGAAGCAAGCAUCAGCAUGGUUUUCAUUGAAAACAGGAUUUUUAUUUUAUUCUAGGUCAUCUGCUUACUUAUUAAUGCUUCUUAAGUGGAGGGCACACUCUACACUGUAUGACUAUGGACUAAACAGUAUCAAGUAUCCCAUAAAUAUUAGCAGAAGCAAAUUUGAAGCAAAAGUAAGUUCAUUUAGGCUUUUUAUUUCAAAUUGUUAUUUAUUUGUAUAUUUCAAUAAAUAUUUAAUUUAUAUCUGUACAUAUUUAUGAUGCAAAUUAGGCAUCUAGUCAACAUUUGCAAUGAUGUAACUGGUGUUGCCAUUUACAAGUGGUCCCACAUCAAAUACCGCAGACCCAUCAAAAGCCAAAUUAUUUCGGUCCCUGCGAUGGCCCGGGUUUUGGUAAGGAAGAAAGCAACCAACGCCCAGAAAUAACCUCGCUGCAGACCACAUUCAGUGCUGUGAAAUACACGCUGUUUUGUUGAAUAGUACUAUUGCUGUACAAUUUUUUUUUACACAAAACAAACAGCAGAGCUUGUAUUUUCAAUGUUUUUAGAUUUCAGAAUCACUAGGCAAAGUCGGCAAUAGAGCAGUAUGACUUUUCUUUUUUAAAAAAAAAAUUCUUGUAUUUUAAACCAUUGCAUUUCUAUGUCUUUUGAGAUAAUGUUACACUUGCGCUUCCUCAGCAAACUCCUAUUACUGUACUAGGUGCUUUUUAUAUUGUUUUUGUUAUGGGUGAUGCUUUUUUAAAAAACAUCAUAAUUUGGGGGGAUGAAAAGUUGUUUUUUUUUAUGAGAUGAUUGUGGCAAUUUGAUUUUUCAAAUGGAGAAUACUUUAGUACCAAUUUUCAUUUAAGUCACUUUCAAAUUAAUUGGCCCAGGAUGUAUGUUGUAAGAUAAUGUUCUCAUAUUAAGAAUGUAAUUAUUUCCUUAUUGUAUUUUUUAAAAAACAAAAUCAUAUUUAAAAAUCUCUGUGAAAAAAGCAUGAAAGAAACAUGAAAAAAAGUUUUUGUUUUAUUUUUGUUAUUGGAUAUGUUGGCAGUGCCCAUUAUAAUUGACUGUAAAUAGAGUCUUUCUACUGUAUUUCUCAAUGUAUUUAAGUUUUUUGACACACAUUCAUGGAAACUUCUGUUAAAAAAAAUAUAGAUCCACCUACAAAUGUGUGUCUUAGUAGCUUCAACUAACCUUCUGCCUUCUAGUUUAUUCUCCAGAAAGUCUUGCAGAGUGUGGAAAAAAGACUGGCACCUGGUAGGUGCGACAGAUUCAAGAUCAUUAUUAAUAAAGUUACCUGUCAAAACCAGAA